AUGCUCUGUAUUCAACUUGCUCGACAUUGCUCACCGUGCAGCUUCGUCUUGGCCUCACUGGCCUCGCUUUCGUUGGCGCCGCCAAGUGAUUCGUCGACGCCGUUGACGGUCAAGUACGGCGUUGGCAACACGGGCAAGUCGGCGACGUCGGCCGUCCAUACCUACAAGAUCGAAGGCAGCAAGUACAAGUAUAACUCGCCCAACCUCCACACGGCGUUGCUCUGCAACUUGACGCCAGGCGCCUCGUACACGUACGCGAUCGAAGGGUUCACUGGUACUUUCAAGUCGAUUCCGGCGGCCACGAAGAAGACUCUUCUCUCGGUCGACGGUGACGCGGAUACGGUCAUCUUUGCUGGCGACUGGUCGUACGCCAGCGGCUGCCACGAAGACUGGGACAAGUGGCUCCAGGAGACGCAGCCGCUCUUCUCCAAGGUGCCGCUUCUCGGUAUCACGGGCAACCACGAGGUCAAGUUUGAGGACCUCUACUUUCAGUACGGCGUCGAUGAUGUCAUGUCAGUGUUCAACAACAAGAUCACGGAAGGUGCCCCGACGUACUUUACGGUCGGCAUGGGUAGCCACAGCCUCUACCAGGGCGCAAUCAAGCCGAUUCCCAAGUGGUCCAAGUCCAUGUCGAGCUCGCUUUACGGCCACGCGCGUGUGAUUGCCGACGAUGACAAGUUGACCAUCCACUUCCGUGCCAACGGCGAGACGACGACCAUGUUUGACUCAGUCGAGAUCAAGCGCCAAGCCCGCGUGCUGAGCCGCAAGGAUCGAUACCCAUGGGAGAGUAGGGUUGCUCUUGCGGACUAUGAAUUCAUCGAUGUUUUGUUGCUUUGA